AGUAAAGACUUUGGACAGUAAAUACCACGUGUUGUUUUUCUCAGCCUGCCACAACUCAGCUUCAGAUCAGCCGAUGGAGGCAGUUUGGGUUUGUGCCUUUGAGUUGGUUUUCAAACUGCUCGGUUCAGAUGUCAGUCAGCAUGUUGAGCCUUUAGGCGCUAAAGAGCUCAGUGCCAAAACCCUGUCGAGGUCAUCUGAAGGUUUUAACGCUCACAGGAGGCAAAACCUCAAGAUUCAACAUUCACUCUGAAGUCAGUUUACAGACAGACACAACUUUGCUGCCCCCAGCACCAAAGUAUGAGCGCAGCCGCUUCCUGUUUGGCACUUUUUGGGGGUUUCAGAUCCAGUAGGACUUCGCCUGAGCACACACAGUUGACUCGGUCUGCUUCUGUGUCGCAACAGUUUAACAACAACCGUGCAACUUUAAAAAAAAAACAACUUUUAUUUCAUAGAACAUGAGUUCUUAUGAAGCUCAAAAACUAUCGCUGUGAUUGGCUGGAGAUACUGGUGGCUGUCCGACCCCUGAAGGGGCAGUUCCGACCUGCUUGUUUAAAUAGCGCAGUUUUACCACAGGAGAAUGAACUGAUCUGUGACAUGGAGAAACGAGCCACCUUUUUGCUCCUGUUGGUGAAGCUGUGCUUUGCUGUAGCUGAAGACCCGCCAUCAUACGGCGCUGUUGGCGGUAAGCUAAACCUGAGGCCUGUUUUCACUGCACCGAUCACCAGCAUCCUGUGGAAACACAACACCGAUCUGCUGGCCGAAUGGAACACCGCUGAUGGGUUCACUUACUAUGGUACGUUUAAGGGUCGCACAACCCUGGACAACAGCACUGCACAUUUGGAAAUCUCAAACCUGAAUCAAGCUGACUCGGGUUCCUAUUCAGUGGAAAUCAACAACGUUCCCCAGCUGAAGAUCAACACUGUUAAGGUCAUCAAUAAAGUGCCAAAGCCUUCUGUUUGGAUCUCACCAGUUUCAUGUGGGCCAUCAUCGAUGAUGUGCACGUUUAGCUGUGAAGGAGAAACUGACGGAGCUGAACCUGUCACCUACAGCUGGAAGAUGGGAGACGGAGCCUGGGAGCCGUCGGUCAAGGAGAGAGACAUCAGUAGGCUUGAGAUAAAGCUGGAUAAGACGGUCACCUGCCGGAUGAAGAACCCAAUCAGUGAGAAGGAGAGUGAACCCAUGACAAAUCCGUUUUACAAAUAAAAUUAUGGACUUGGGGUUGGAGCGAUCGCCUGAUGUCCUCGUGAAGAUCAGAGUCAACAGUGAAAGUGCUGCUUCCAGUAGAAGAGGGUAAAAUGUGAAAGCAAACAUUUCUGGAUCACAUUUACAAUAUUUGUGUAUAUUUAACCACUAGUUUAGAACCAGGCCUGAUUGUGAAGUGGGUGUCAGAGGAACCCAUGUGGGGAAGUCGAUGGGCUGAUGAACAUGAAGCAAUCGUUCUAAGAACAAUUAUGUAAUGCUUUUACUCGAAAUGCUUGUUCAGAGCUGACCUCAAGCACAGCAUGUUGACCGUCUCACAUAGAAAAUUCUGUCCUUAAACCAACAAAUAAAAGAUCUGCUUACACUGUG